AUGGUUAUUCUAUCAACUCAGACAUUAAGAAAAAUUUUACAUCAAAAUUAUAUAUUAUUUUUGUUUGUUGUAGUAUUUUUUACAACCAUAAAUAAUUAUAAUGUUGUUCAAGCACAGAGUGCCGUUGAAGCUGUAGCUCCAUUUUUAUCACUUUUUUCAAAUGGUGGUUUAGCUAGGAUGACUCAAAUAGCAACUGAUUUAGCUGUUCAGACCAUGAACUCAAAUAGAGAAAUGAUGAAUAAAGAAGGUCGACCAGAAAGUAGAAAUAUUGAUUUGUCAAUGUCUCCAAGUCAGAUGCUUGGACAAUCACUGGUCAAUGCCAAUAAUGGUGUCAGGGAAAGUAUUGAAAAGACAUUACAAAAAAAUGGUAAUAAUAAUAAUUUUUUUAAACCACUUUCACCUCUUCCAACACCAUUACCAUUACAACAACUACCUCCAAAUCCAUUAUUAGUUAAAAAAAUUAAAAAAAAACCUAAAAAAGAUGGUAAAUCAAGAAAGAUACGAGUAAUUAAAAAUAAUAAUGAAAAAUUAAAUGUUAAAAAGUUAUCAGCUCAAAAAUAUAUUGAUAGUGGUGAAAAUGCAAAUAUAAGUAAUGAUGGUAAAUCCAAUAUUACCCCUGAAACAAGAGCUGCCAAAAUUGCAUUAUUAAAAGAAAUUGAAAAAGAAGGUAUUAAGAUACCUGAUAAUAUUAAAAAAGAAGUUAUUGGUUUUGAUAAUAUUAAAUCAUUUGAAGAAGAGGCUUCUAUUACCAAUAGUAAACCAAUUCUUAGAGAAAGUGGUAGUAAAGAAAUUGAUGUGAAACCAUUAGAUUUAGAAAAUUUUGUUCCCAAAAGACCUGAUGCUUUUGUUGGAAAUGUUGAAAAUGUUAGACAGCCCUCUUCACAAAAUUCUAAUAUUAAUCCAUUACUUAGAUUAGCUGAAACAUUCCUUGGAAGAGGUAAUAAUAAUGGAGGUAAUUAUGCUCGUGGUACAACAACAUAUCAAGAACGUGGAGAAUAUUUAGGUGGAUCUAAAGGACCAAUACCAAGUAUAAGAGAAACUGUUCCUGGAGCAAAUAGUAAUUUUGGAAUACCAAAAGGAGCUGGUUGUUUACCAUUUAUUGGUGAAUUUAUGCAAGUUGCUUAUGGAAAUUGUGUUAAAUAUGCUGAUGAAAGAACUUUUGAUGCUUGGGGUAAUGAAAUAAAAAAUGUCAUUACAGGUAGUGGUAUUGAUCUUUUUAAAGCAUCUAUAGAAACAUGUAAAAUGCAAGCUGAAAAAGAAUUAUGUGGACAGAUAAGAAAAGCUAUUAGUGAAUGUGAUAUUCUUGGUACUAUACAAGUUGGAAGUCAAAUUCAAAGAAGUUUUGAUAGAUGUGAACAAGUCACAGGAAUUGUUGAUCAGAAUCCUUUAAAAAUGAUGCAAGGAAUUAGUACACUUGUUAAUGGUGAAGUUGCUCAAGGAUUCAUUAAUAACUUUUUAGGCUAA